CCACACUGGCGGUGCGCGCGAGUGUUUCUUUUGCAAAAAAAUAAUUGUAACUAAAGGCGCCUGCAAAAAGCCGGUGACGCGAGCCUUUUGUGGCAUAUAAAAUUGCAGUUGUGUUAAAUUAAACCAAAUUUUAACCAGCACCUACUGCAACAGCAGGGAACUCUCAGCACCGCCCCAGAGACAACGCAGCCCAACAAAAAUGCAAUCUCACAGCAAAAAGCGUGUCUGCUACUACUACGACAGUGACAUUGGCAACUACUACUAUGGCCAGGGACACCCCAUGAAGCCCCAUCGCAUACGCAUGACCCACAAUCUGCUCCUGAACUAUGGUCUCUACCGCAAAAUGGAGAUUUACCGACCGCACAAAGCCACUGCCGAUGAGAUGACCAAGUUCCAUUCGGACGAGUACGUCCGGUUCCUGCGUUCCAUCCGGCCGGACAACAUGACCGAAUACAACAAGCAGAUGCAGCGCUUCAAUGUGGGCGAGGAUUGCCCCGUCUUCGAUGGUCUCUACGAGUUCUGUCAGCUGUCGGCGGGCGGUUCCGUGGCCGCUGCCGUCAAGCUGAACAAACAGGCCUCCGAGAUCUGCAUCAACUGGGGCGGCGGACUGCAUCAUGCCAAGAAGUCGGAGGCCUCCGGCUUCUGCUAUGUGAACGAUAUCGUUCUGGGCAUCUUGGAGCUGCUGAAGUACCACCAGCGUGUUCUCUACAUCGACAUCGAUGUGCACCACGGCGACGGCGUCGAAGAGGCCUUCUACACCACGGACCGCGUGAUGACUGUGAGCUUCCACAAGUACGGGGAGUACUUCCCGGGCACCGGCGACCUGCGCGACAUUGGCGCCGGCAAGGGCAAGUACUACGCCGUCAAUAUACCCCUGCGCGAUGGCAUGGACGAUGAUGCGUACGAGAGCAUCUUUGUGCCCAUCAUUUCAAAGGUAAUGGAGACAUUCCAGCCGGCGGCGGUGGUGCUGCAAUGCGGCGCCGAUUCCCUGACUGGCGAUCGACUGGGCUGCUUCAAUCUGACAGUGAAGGGGCACGGCAAGUGCGUGGAUUUCGUGAAGAAGUACAACCUGCCCUUCCUGAUGGUCGGCGGCGGUGGCUACACCAUUCGCAAUGUCUCACGCUGCUGGACCUACGAGACGUCCGUGGCUUUGGCCGUGGAGAUUGCCAACGAGCUGCCGUACAACGAUUACUUCGAGUACUUUGGGCCCGACUUCAAGCUGCACAUCAGCCCCAGCAACAUGACCAACCAGAACACGUCCGAGUACCUCGAGAAGAUCAAGAAUCGGCUGUUCGAGAACCUGCGCAUGCUGCCACACGCACCGGGCGUACAGAUGCAGCAAAUACCCGAGGAUGCGAUCAACGAUGAGUCCGACGACGAGGACAAGGUGGACAAGGAUGAUCGCAUGCCGCAGAGCGACAAGGAUAAGCGCAUUGUGCCCGAGAACGAGUACUCCGACUCGGAGGACGAAGGCGAGGGCGGACGCCGCGACAAUCGCGCGUACAAGGGUCAGCGCAAGCGGCCGCGCCUGGACAAGGACAACAACAGCAACAAGGCAUCCUCGGAGGCGUCCAGCGAGAUCAAGGAUGAAAAGGAGAAGGUAGAUGGCGCAGAUGGUGAGGAAUCGACCGCAUCGAAUGCGAAUAGCAACAGCAACAACAACAGCAGCAGCAACAACAAAAGCGACAACGAUUCGAGUGCGCCCGCGGGUGGUGCAGCGACUGGCGGUGGCUCUGGCUCGGGUUCUGGCUCUGGCUCCAGUUCGGGUGCCAAGGCCGCCAAGGAGAACAACAUAUGACGUGGCGGCCGCAAUUGGUUAUAGAAGCCAAUUAAGCGACCGCCGAAGUACAAGCCGCCGGACUUUACCUAGCAUCGUCUCUCCCCCCCGUCCUAGCUUAACAUUCAUAGCCCACACACCCCACCAACCCACCACCCAACCCUCACCCAUCACAGAUCAUUGCUUAAACCUUAAUCUAAGUGCGCGGAGAAUGUCGUGUCCCAUGUCCUCGUCCCCUGCGGACGCCUCCCCCUACUCAUCGUAGGCUAAAAUACAAUUUAUUUUGUAGGGCAAUCGAUUCCAGCUUCCUCAUGGAUCGAACAUCUAUAAGCUAGAGAUAACAGAAAACGCAAAAUAUCUAACGCCUGGGCGUAAACCUAAUCUAAUUCAAUAAAUAUUUAUAAAUCUGUAACUGCCGUACUCGUGUAUAUGUUUAAUUAAUGCCUAAAUAUAGCUAGCUAUAAGGUA